GGAGAUUACAAGUCACUUGAUCCCGCUGAUAUCCUAGAGAGGCUAAACACUCAUGUGUUUCAGCUUGCUGAAAAGAGAGAUCUCUAUGGACUGAGCUAUGGCAGAUCAUGCGCUCUGAAGGCCAAGGCAGUGUCUGAAUCUGAAGGUGAAGAUUCUGGUAGCAACCUUGGUGAUCCUGAAGAACUGAGCCAGGAGCUAGCAAUGCUCAUGAAGAAAUGCCAGAAGUUCUCAAGACGUGGUCGCUUCGAAAAAUCCUCAAGAAGUGAUGAUUCCUCAUCCCGUGACUAUAAGAAGAGACUGUGCCACAAGUGCAAGAAACCUGGUCACUACAUUCAAGACUGUCCUCAGUGGGAAAAGGAAUCAAAGAAGAAGAAAUACAAGGAUUACAGUUCUGAUGAUUCAAAGAAGAAGAAGAAAGCUUCAAAAUCUUCAUCAAAAUCCUCGAAGUCUUCAUCUCACAAGAAGAGCAGCUCCAAGAAGGCUCGGGCAUUCAUUGGCAAGGAAAUGGACUCUGGGACUGAGUUUGAGGAACAUGAGGAGGAGGAGGCAUCUGAGGAGUCAGAAUCUGGUGUGGCGAGCCUAGCCCUCGCUACUGCGUUCGUGAGUAAGUCCACCUUCAACACUAGUGAAAAUGGCUUCCACAACAAGGCUGGUGACAACGAUGAUGACUACGCUCCCACCUAUUGCUUCAUGGCAAAGGGUGCCAAGGUACUCAAAUAUCCCUCCUCUGAAUCAAGUGAGGAUGAAUCUGAUGAAAACCUCAAGCCUAGCUACUCUAAACUUGCUAAGAUUGCUGUGAAACAACAAAAGGCUUUUGAUAAGGUUCAAAAUAUGUUAGAUAAAAGUGAUGAUAUGUUGGGCUCUCCAAGGUCAACUAGGGAGGUUCCAAUCAACGUGACUCUCGAUGUGUUUCACAAUCUCUUCAAUCGCUUCAAGAGGCUUGAUAAUGAAAAUGUUCAGCAAACUUUCGAUCCCCACACGAAUAUCUCAAAUGAGCUACAAGCAUUGGGUGCUGCUGAUAUCACUAACCACGAGGUGGUGAAGAAAUUGCUGAGGUCUCUUGACAGCUCCUUUGACACCUUGGCCCUGAUGAUACAAGAGCGUCCUGAUUACAAGUCACUUGAUCCUGCUGAUAUUCUUGAGAGGCUCAAUACUCAUGAAUUUCAACAAGCUGAGAACAGAGAUAUGUGUCCCAGCUAUGGACAACCUCAUGCACUGAAGGCGAAGGGUAAAGCAAACACAAUUUGUUCAUCUGAAGAAGAAGAAUAA